UUUUUCAAACUCUGCAGAUUAGAGAUGGAUGACAAUGCAUUGGUUAACAUCCCAGAAGUGCUUCUUAGCUCUGGCCAAAGAAUGCCACUAUUGGGAAUGGGAACAGCAACUUCCCCUCUAGUAGGUUCUGAUGAAAUUAAAACAGCGAUUCUCCAAGCAAUCGAGCUUGGUUAUAGACACUUUGAUACAGCCACUUUGUACUUGACAGAGGAGCCUCUAGGCGAAGCCAUUGCUGAAGCAGUGUCUCGUGGCUUGAUUAAAUGCAGGGAGGAGCUCUUCAUCACCUCCAAGCUAUGGUGCAGCGAUGCUCACAGUGAUCUUGUUCUUCCUGCCCUUCAAAAGAGUCUCCAGGCUCUUCAGUUGGAGUACAUUGAUCUUUAUCUGAUCCAUUGGCCUGUAAGCUCGAGACCAGGGAUGUAUGAGUUUCCAAUAAAGAAGGAAGACUUUUUACCAAUGGAUUUUAAAGGUGUAUGGGCAGCUAUGGAAGAGUGCCAUAAACUUGGUCUUACCAAAUCCAUUGGUGUGAGCAAUUUCUCCUGUAAAAAGCUAUCAGACAUUCUUGAGAUAGCAGAGGUUCGUCCAGCAAUUAAUCAAGUAGAGAUAAACCCACUAUGGCAACAAAAGAAGCAAAUGGAAUUCUGCAAGGCCAAUGGGAUUGCUUUAAUAGCUUAUGCUCCUUUAGGAGGAACCAUCAGGGGUAGCAACAGGGUUAUGGAGAAUGAAGUGCUCAAGGAGAUUGCAAAUGCCAAAGGAAAGAGUGUUGCUCAGAUCUGUCUGAGGUGGGCAUAUGAACAAGGAGUUUGUAUAUUGGUGAAGAGUUUCCACAAAGAAAGAAUGAAGGAGAACCUUGACAUAUUCAACUGGACGUUGAGCGAGGAAGAAAACAAGAAAAUUAGUGAGAUUCCUCAGAGCAGAGGAUCCAGCGGUGAAGAUUACAUCUCAGAUAAAGGCCCUUUCAAGACACUUGAGGAACUUUGGGAUGGAGAAAUUUAAUUUUUGAUUCUUAGC